GUAGAUUUGUGAAAUACAUUCCAUGUUUGAAAAGCCAUUGCUACAUUUAUAUUGUAUAUGUAUGUAAUCGUUCCUGCCUUUAAAUGUAUGUUGACGUUCAUUAUAUUUUUUGUAAAAAUGUAUUUUUGCCAUGAUUUUAUUUGUCACGUCCUUCACUCUUACUCUAAAUCGCCUUAAAAAGAUGAGUAAAGUCUAACAUAUUUCAGAUCCCUUCGUACAAAUCUAUCAGGUUGAUAGUGUUCAACAAUAAGAAUUUAAUCGAUUUGUUUCUAUUGAUAUUAACUAAUUACAUUAUCGAACAUUUUAAAUAUUAUUUGAAUCUUGUAGACCAUAACCUUUAACCAUAAAUAUGCACUCAUAAGAACAAUAUUAUGCAUGGUAUCACUUCUUGUCAUCAUCUUUCAUUUUUUGAAAGUCCGUUUCUAUCAUCUACUUACUUUAUAUUGAACAUUAUUUUUGUUUUAGAGAUUGUUCGUGCAUUCACUCAAGUAAUCAAUAUGAAUAUGGCAUUUUAUUGGGGUACAUCGCGAUGGUCACCAAUGGAGAUAAUGGAAGCCUAUUCUGUUGCGAGACAAUUCAAUUUAAUACCACCAAUAUGUGAACAAGCUGAAUAUCAUUUAUUUCAACGUGAUAAAGUUGAAAUUCAUCUACCAGAAAUUUUUAGUAAAAUAGGUAUUGGAACGAUGACAUGGAGUCCAUUGGCAUGCGGUCUAUUAUCAGGAAAAUAUGAUGAUGGUGUACCACUACACUCUCGAGCUUCAUUAAAAGGUUAUGCCUGGUUAAAAGAUAAAAUUUUAAAUGAAGAAGGACGAAAACAGCAAGGAAAACUACGUGAAUUAGCACUUAUUGCUUCUAAAUUAGAUUGCACACUUGCACAGUUGGCCAUUGCCUGGUGUUUGAAAAAUGAUAAUGUUCAUUGUGUUCUACUUGGUGCAUCGUCUGUUGAACAAUUGUAUGAAAAUUUGAAUUCUGUACAAGUUGUACCGAAGUUAAAUCCAACCAUCUUGACUGAUAUCGAUCGCAUACUUGGAAAUAAGCCUGUAAGACAUGUAUCAAAAGGUGAAACAUUACAACGUUAA